AUGUCCCUACAUGUAGAUGUUGACUGUCUAAACAAAGAUGAGCUCAUUUUUGAGCUGAAAGCCAGAGGCUUUGAGGCAAAUGAAGAGUCCACUGUUGAUGAUUUAAGAAAACAAUUUAGACUUGCCAAAGGCACACCUCACGACAACACUAAAGGUAGCCAAUAUAUUUCAAGUUUGUCUGUUGACGGGGAAUUUCAGGUCUGUGAGGAGAAACUCGUCCAGGUGCUGCAGGCAGAUCAUUCUACGGCGUCGUGUCGGAGGCGUUGUCUUUCGAAGUUGUCUCACAUCAUUCUAAGGUUAGAAAAAUUGUCAUUACUCAGCUCGGAUCAACAGCUUAGGAAAAUAUCUCUUGUGUCUAGGGCCUUCAGAGCCACAGAAACAUUGAAAUGCAACUCGGCUUCUACUUCUAAUUCUACACAAGUCAUGGAGGUCAAGGAUGUCACUCCAACUACCUCAUGCCACAAGCGUGCCUCUCAGGUCUUGAAGUGGAACUUGAACUUUGACGGACGCACUCCAGUGCAUGACUUUAUCUUUAGACUACAAGAGCUUCAAUACUCUUCUGAAAUAUCUGAUCAGGAACUACUCAGAAAUGCAGUGCAUCUCUUCACGGGUGAGGCUCUGUUGUGGUUUAGAACUAAUAAAACUCGGUUCGACUCCGUACAGGACUUGAUUGACUCAUUGAAGGCGGAAUUUCAGCCAAUUGACUAUGAAAGGUGUCUGUUGAAUCAGAUAAAGGCCCGUCUGCAAGAUAUUAACAUGCCCAUGAUACUAGGGGUAGAUUUCUUAAGGAAAUUUGGGCUCUGUAAGGACAUACUAAAAGAGGUGCCGCCGGAGGAGGCCCCUUCUGGCAAGGAUACUUGGUUUACUAACUUAUUUGCUAGGGUGGAAAAUACUCCACACAAGUAUCCAGACUAUAGGAUAAUUAAUGGGAAUUUAUACAAGCCUGUCAGGGACAAGAAUCCAUUAGCUAAAGACUCCUUAAUGCCGGUCCCUACCCUGGGCUUUUUCUUCGGGCACGUGUCGGCGCUGGGCGUUGUUGUGGACCUUGGGCUGGAGCUUCGUGCUGCUCAGCGCGACGUUGGCGAAGCGGGCAGGCAGCCACCUGGACACGUGGCUGACGGUAUCACCGCGUGUCACCGCGACUCUUGGCUGUUCCCCUGCGCGCCUCUGGGGCAGUGCGUGGCCACGGCUUCACCGGCUUCUGCUACGGACACGUGGCUCAGUAAGUGGGAGAGAGAGAGCCUGCCGGACUUGACGGAGCGGUCGCGGCCAGCAUCCGUGCGCACUGCAGCCCGCACGGUCUCUGAUCCACAUCGACACCACGCUAUCAAACAAAUUCCUGUGAGCACAAUAUACAAGAAAGAAUGGCUCUGGAAGAAGCCAAAAUCCUCAGCCAGAGCGCCCGCAAUUCCCACAUCCUCCCGCCGCCGAGACUCCGUGGCCUCAUCCGUCGGCGCCGCUUCGGUCCGCCGGCUCAUCGCCCGCCAACCCCCCAAGAUCCCCAAACCCGUCGUCCAACGAUUCUCCCUCCUUUGUGUAGCCAGUGGUCUUUGUGCAACUGCCCUGCUCCCUUUCACAGCCUUCGCAGGCGCGGAAGCAGGAGCAAUGCCUCUAGCAGUCAUGCAUUCGGUAGCAGCUUUAGUAGCACCGUUUUCCCCUUUAAUUCUUCAAAAGACUGGGACUAGAAUAGUCGUUACUGUGGCGCACGUUCUAGUCUGUAUAUUGUUAACAGCGCAUAUAGCUGCUACUCCUCUUUCUGUGUUACUUCCACUUUAUGGUGCUUGCGGUUUCGCUUUAUCUCCGAUGUCACUGGCUUUAUGUGCGUCAGCGACUACACUGGCUCAGGCAGCAGGCGAUGAGUGUAGAAGGAAGAUAGCUUUAAGGAGAGCUCUGCGGGCGCUCCGGGCGGCACAGGAUAUAGGGCUGGUGUGUGGGUCCCUGCUGCUCGGCGGGGCGCUCCUCAUCUGGCCUGAAGACAUGUCGCCGGCCCUGUUCACGGCUGUGCCUACAAACGCGACGGUGCCGGGGUGGCCGCCGCCUGAUGACUCGUAUUUUCCGGAUGAAGAAUAUGAGGAGCAAACCUGUGGCGCGGCGGGGUGCCCCGACGUACAAUCCCUCUCCGGCACCACACUUACCUCCGACGGCCGCCGAGCGCUCGUCGCCGUCUGGGCGCUACUCGCUCUAGUCGCCAUAGGCCUAGGCGUUUAUGGCGCCACAUCGACGCCCGCGCCUCCGCCUGAUGCGCGAUCUAUAGUGCGUGAUCCAAGGGCGCUGCUUAGCUUCCCGAUGGGGCUGUUCAUUGGUCUUCAACAGGGGUUUAUUUAUACGUCUUAUAUUAAGUGGUACGGUGUCUGCGUCGGCGGCUGGACGUGCGCGUGGCGCGCUCUCUGCGGCGCAGGUUGCCUUCAAGCCCUAGCAGCCGCCACGCUAAGCAUGGCUGCCGCGCGAGGCAGACGGGGCGCGCUAGCGGCCGGAGGCGCCGCGGCACAUGCCUCGCUGAUGCUGGCACUGUUAAGGUGGAGAGCAGCUAGGACUGAUCUGGCGUUGCCCGCUGUCGCUGCUGCGGCGUGGGGCGCCUGUGCGGCGUUAUGGGACGUCCUACAGUCGGGAAUCUGCAUCGGUGGGCCAGGCUGGCGCGGUCCCUGGUCGCUGACGCUCGCGGCGCGUCACACCGGGCUGGCCCUAGCGUGCGCGGCGCGGCAGCUGUUGUGCGCGCGCUUCCAAAUUGUUGCGCUAGCGAGCGCGCUAGUCGCCGCGCUAGUUAGCCAAGUAGCGCUGGAACUGCGACUGCGGCCCAGUGAGGCGCAGAGACACAGGUCCUAGCGAAGGGCCACCAUGACGACAACCACGACCUCGUUCAUCGCGACGUCAGACGACGUCGACGUGCACGUCAUCAGUUAGCCGCAAACGCGUGACGUCACUCGUGACGUCGCUAGUGCGGACAGCAGGACAUCUGUGAAGAAAGUUGUGAGUUAAGUGUAAAAGUACUAACAGACGGGCGUACCGGACCGCGACCUUG